CUGCAGCGAGGGGCGGCCGCGGCUCCCCGCCCGGCGCCGGGGCGGGCCGGCGGCUGCGCGCUGUGCGGCGGGGCCGGGUGCACGCUGAGGCAGGAGCAGCGAGCGCGCAGAGGGACCCUCGGCCGCCGGCAGAAUGCCAGUACUAAGCUGUAGAUUCUACCAGCAUAAAUUUCCAGAGGUGGAAGAUGUAGUGAUGGUCAAUGUUCGGUCCAUCGCUGAAAUGGGGGCUUACGUCAGCCUGCUGGAGUACAACAACAUUGAAGGCAUGAUCCUCCUCAGCGAGCUGUCCAGAAGACGUAUUCGUUCCAUAAACAAACUCAUCCGCAUUGGAAGGAACGAAUGUGUUGUGGUCAUAAGAGUUGACAAAGAGAAAGGUUAUAUUGACUUGUCAAAACGAAGAGUUUCUCCAGAGGAGGCGAUCAAAUGUGAAGACAAAUUCACAAAAUCAAAGACUGUUUACAGCAUUCUUCGCCAUGUUGCUGAGGUCUUGGAGUACACUAAGGAUGAGCAGCUUGAGAGUCUGUUCCAGAGAACUGCCUGGGUAUUUGAUGACAAGUACAAAAGACCUGGAUAUGGUGCUUAUGAUGCAUUCAAGCAUGCAGUCUCAGACCCAGCAAUCCUGGAUAGCCUGGAUCUGACAGAGGAAGAGAGGCGUGUAUUGAUUGACAAUAUUAACAGGCGUCUGACACCACAAGCAGUCAAAAUCCGAGCUGAUAUUGAAGUUGCUUGUUAUGGUUAUGAAGGCAUAGAUGCAGUAAAGGAGGCUUUGAGAGCAGGCUUGAAUUGUUCCACAGAGACCAUGCCCAUUAAAAUUAAUCUGAUAGCCCCUCCUCGAUAUGUGAUGACUACCACAACCCUGGAGAGAACUGAAGGACUCUCUGUUCUGAAUCAAGCCAUGGCUGUCAUUAAAGAAAAAAUUGAGGAGAAGAGAGGAGUCUUUAAUGUGCAGAUGGAGCCUAAGGUGGUUACUGAUACAGAUGAAACUGAGCUAGCAAGACAGUUGGAAAGACUGGAGAGGGAAAAUGCUGAAGUGGAUGGUGAUGACGAUGCUGAGGAAAUGGAAGCCAAAACUGAAGACUAAAUACUCUGGGAUUAUUUAGAAGACAGAGCAUAUGAAAAAUUAGAGACCCCGUUGCAAACUCUGGACUAAAUGUUUCCAGUAUUGAAAGCUUCAAAUGCAAAUACUUGAAGUGUGUUACUGUUUUAAAAAGACCAAUACAUGGAAGCCUCUCCUAAGUAACAUUUGAUGCAGCAACUUACACAAAUAGAAUCCUUCAAAAGGAAGGUGCCUAGUCAUAUUCAAGACUCACAUCUCAUGAAUAGAGGGAGGCUUCAGCCCCAUGCUUACCAUUUUCAUACGUAACAAUUCCAAAUUGGCGAUUACAGCUCAGUGCAUCUGAUAGUGAUGUUUUCUGGGAGUACAAAAACCAAACAGGUUGAACAGUUCUAUACAGAAUGUAUUUGACCAAAUAUUCAAUAAAUUUCUGAGCUACAUAA